UCAAAAUCAAACAAAAUGAGUUCGUCUUUGUUCUUGAGGCCUGCCAUUGUUGUAGCUUCAUCUGCUCACUCUACUGCUCUUCUACCAAAUAGCCGACAAAGAGAGAAGAAGACCUCAAUCUCAUCACUAAUGGCUUCUCAUCGAGGAUUCCUUGCUGAUAGACCGUAUGAGCCGCCCUCUUGGGCUUCUCAUCUCAGCCCCAUCCCUUCCCAUAUCCGUUCGCUUGCUCAUCUUCCCACUCCAAUACACAAAUGGAAUCUUCCUGAUCUUCCUGAAGAAACUGAAGUGUGGAUAAAGCGUGAUGAUCUUUCAGGAAUGCAGCUGAGUGGUAACAAAGUGAGGAAGCUGGAAUUUUUGAUGGCCGAAGCCCUUGCGCAAGGGGCAGACUGUGUUAUUACCGUGGGAGGUAUUCAAAGCAACCAUUGCCGUGCAACUGCUGUGGCUGCAAAAUAUUUGAACCUUGAUUGCUAUCUGAUAUUACGCACCUCGAAGGUUCUAGCAGAUAAAGAUCCUGGUUUGACAGGCAAUCUUCUUGUUGAGAGGCUGGUUGGAGCUCAUAUUGACCUCGUCUCAAAAGAAGAAUAUGCGAAGAUUGGCAGUGUGGCUCUUGCGGACUUGCUAAAGACGAGAUUGAUAGAAGAAGGGAGAAAACCAUACAUCAUUCCUGUUGGUGGAUCCAACUCCCUUGGCACCUGGGGUUACAUUGAGGCGGUGAGGGAGAUAGAGCAGCAAAGUCAAACAGACAAUAUUCAGUUUGAUGACAUUGUUGUCGCAUGUGGAAGUGGAGGAACUAUUGCUGGUCUUUCACUAGGAGCACAGUUAAGCAGCUUGAAGGCCGAAAUUCAUGCAUUCUCAGUUUGUGAUUCUCCGGAAUACUUCUACGACUUCACUCAAGGCUUGAUUGAUGGACUGCAAGCCAGUGCCGAUUCACAUGAUUUAGUGAACAUUAAAGACGCAAAGGGAUUAGGCUAUGCCAUGAACACAGCUGAAGAGCUUAAAUUUGUUAAACAAAUAGCAGAAGCCACCGGAGUUGUCCUUGAUCCAGUUUACAGUGGGAAAGCAGCAAUUGGCAUGCUGAGAGACAUGAAAGAGAACCCUUCUAAAUGGAAAUCUCACAAGGUAUUGUUCAUACACACUGGCGGGCUCCUCGGGUUAUUUGAUAAGGUUGAUGAAAUGAAGUCGAUGGUAGGGAAAUGGCGAAAAAUGGAGAUCGAUGACACAGUUCCUCGUGUCGAGGGGACUGGUAAGAUGUUCUAAGUACCAGUGCCUUCUUGCAAUGCAAAUGUUUUGCCAAAUAAUGAGCAGUGAUGAUAAUGAUGAUAAAUUCACAUUUCUCCAUUGAAGAGAGAUUUAUUGCUGUUCUUUGACAUUGUUUGUUAUGCAUGGAAAUGGAAUUUGUGGAUCCCUGCUUCUUGUUGUAAAUAUCUUGAAAGGCUAAUAAUUUUAUUACUGUUAUGAGGUUGGUUGA